GACUUGUAUCAGCACUUCCUCAUUUAACGCAGGGAGUUGGUUGCAGUACUGCAUUCAAUUUUCAGCCCUCUUAAGCAAAGUAUCAAGAAAUUCCAGAGACACGUUUGGUAUGCUUAAGAGAAGGCUGGGAGUAUUGCCAAGUUUCAGUAUGGACUGCUGAAUCAUCAGCACAAUCUGUCAGAGAAGCCAGAUCUGGAGUUCUAUUUGCACGUUCACCUGCGAGUGCCCUGAAAGCCAGAUACCAAGGGAAAACCACCCCAGCUAAUGGAGUGAAAGGAUUCACGGUGACUAGGACACGCAAAAAUGAACAGAGAAUAUGUCUUCUGGAUACUCUCCUACUCACUGCUGUACUUUUUCCCUGGUGCUGUUCCCCACACAACCUUGUGCCACGCAGUCAGUGGAGACACCGUUAUUUUGCCAUGUGCCAUUAAGACCUCUGAAAAGCUGAACAUUUCCAAUUAUUCUAUAUACUGGCAGAUAAAUACAUCAGUGGUAGUGCAUUUGUUUUACAAUGGGAAGGACUUGCUGAAAGAUCAGUCCAGAAGAUACCACAACAGAACUAGGCUGUUUUUGGAUCAGCUGGAGCGUGGUAACUUUUCUCUAAUGCUCUCUGGAGUUGAGCCUGCUGAUGAAGAGGUGUAUACCUGCAUCUCGAGAAACAAAGUGACCAAAACUAAGGACAAGUAUAAAGUUAAACUCAACGUCUCAUCUCCAGAUAAUCAAUCUUUGGAAAGAAAUGUUUCCCCUUCGGGGGAGAAGUUACCAGAGGUGAAAGUAAGCCGGUACGCCCCGGUACAGCAUACUGGUCAAGCUCAGGAUUUACCAAAUUGUCCUGGGGAUGCAAAAGCCCUGGAUAUUCUAGCACUCUGUUCUCACUUCCUGAUGGUGUUGGUGGUUUGGACCUUGUAACUGUGAAAUCAGGGCUUUAGUCUGCAAACUUCUCCUGGCAAGUGACUCUUGAAGCACAACACCCAUCUAUAAGGGUUGCACAACGACUAUUCCAGAAGCCACAAACAACAAGGCAUCACCACUUGAAAACUGGCCUUAUAUUAGGCACCUAUUACCAUAGUUUGGUGCUCAAAUAAGCAACCUUAUUUUUCAGAGGCACCGGCCCUCUGCGGGUCCAAGUGACUUCAGUCAGAGGUAACAAGCCUGCUUUGUCAUCCAUCUUCAAGAGCCGAGCUUUAGGCCUCCACGUUUGAAAAUUCUAGCCAUACAAUUUUCUUGUGCGUUUUUUGAAUCCAACUAAGGUUCACAGUGUUAUUAGAACUGUCCUUAAUAUGAUCUUUCACAUAAGAUUGCAUGUGCUUUACAAAAAGGAGAAGUAAAAGAAGGAGAAAGCGUAGCUGUAUUAUAAGUCAGAGAAAAACUGGAAGUUGUGGGGGUGGCUGCCUUUGUGAAAAUCAAGGGUGGAAACAUUGUGACAGGAAACUGGAGGCUGUGAACUAUGAUGCCCCUUUUUCACUCUGAUGCAUCAACUACGUCAUCAGUACAAAGAAACGAUCCAUUCAAUCAGCCCAAGGAGAAGUUGUUGGCAAAGGAUGUUAAAAAAAGCAAACGAUUCCAGAGGAAGAGUGCUGCCGACUACAAAUAAACCAAAGGCUCUAGGCUGUGUUUAUCACUCUGCAUUCCAUUUUUUGUUUAAAGUGUCCACGGUUUAAGGAACUAAAACUAUUAUCCAUGUCUAUGGGGAUUGCAUUGCCUUACUCCUUAAAAUGCAAAAUGCAGAUAUACCUGAAGAUGUAGUCUUGCACUUUUUAAAGAUGAAAGUAGCGUCCAACUGAUAAGAUAAAGAAAGGACAGUAUUUCUUUGACAGCCUAGUGCCAUUGCAACUGCACUACGGUGUAGCUGUGAACAGGCUAAGGAAUCUCUCACCUGGGCUGGAAGGGAGAGUGUGAAAGUGCCAGUCAGGAUAUGUCUACACAGCAAUGUAAGCGUGGGCUCCUGGCUCAAGCCUAAGCCCCCUUUGUGUCCACAUACUAAUUGUGUUAACCCAGGGCUCGAACCUAGGGUCCCAGAAGCCUGCAGGGCUGGAGGGUCUGAGCAAGUGUUAAGCUGGGACCUAAGGUCAGAGCCCUAUUGCUUUCCUGUGUGUACAAGACCCCAGCUUGACUUGGGUCCUGGAAGUCCUCUGGAUGUGUCCCAGAGUUCCUUGGGGCAACUUCUUUAGUCAUCUCUGUACCGACGAUGUGUGGUGCGGUCUAUUUCAAACAUAUACCACGCUUCCCUUUGUAAAAGGCAGCCAGUCAGAUCAGCGUUAAUCCAUCAUCAUCUGAACACUGGUCUUUGAGCACACUAUCAGAGAACCUGCAGCAUAGGUGCUGACUGUGAGGGUGCUGUGGGGCUCAAGUACCCCCCAACCCUAAUAUGGGGUGCUCAGCACCUACAGAGAUGGAUUAAUCUUUUGUGGGCCCUGGCACCUGAACCAAGGCUCUGCCCUGAGGCCACACCACCACUCAGCUUCUCCCUCCGAGGCCCCACGUGGCCUCUUCCACUUGAGGUCCCGCCCAUGCUCCACCCCAAGACCCCAGAGAGGGCAGGCGGGAGGUUUGGGAGCAGAGCAGGCACUAAACAGCUGCCCUGCAGGGAGGGGGAGUGGUAGAGCUCCCAGCUCAGCAUGGCCUGGGGAGGGAUGACCCCUAACACUCUGGCCGCUCCCCCUCCCUGCCGGGCAGCCGUUUAGUCCCUGCUCCGCUUUGUGGUUCCCACUGGCUGGGCAGCAUGCACUGUCAGGGUGGUGAGUAGGAGCCAGCCCCAAAACCUUCCCGCAGCCUCCUGCGAUGGUGGCUUCAGCUCUUAUGCCAUGUUGCGUAGCGCUUGCCCAGAGCAGGAGCAAAGCUGACGGGUGGGAGGUGGCUCCUCGCUGCCAGGAUGUUGGGGGUCAUCCCUCCCCUGGCCAUGCUGAGCCGGGAGCUCUGCUGUUUCCCCACCCUGCAGGGCAGCCCCAGACCCCUCCUGCCCUUUGAGCUGCGUGUGCGGGAGUGCCCAGGCAGCAUGCAUGGGAGAGGGUGGGAGCUCAAAACUUCCCCACAGCCUCCUGGGCAUCUCUUAUCCCUGCCACCAAGGAUGCAGCAGGAGCAGGGAUAAAGUAUCCCAGGGGGAGGUGCUGGAGCACACUGCACCGCAAGCCCUGGGGAGGCACAUCAUUGUUCGGCAGCCAGCAGCAGCCAGGUGGGGGUGGGAGGGGGUGUUUUUCUUCUGAAACCUACAUUUUAUGUCAAACUUCAAAACAGACAAAAAUAAAUAAAAAAUGAACCAAACAAAAACACUUUCACUGAAUAUCCCAAUUUAAAAAAUUAAGAAUGGCAAAGUUUCAUUUUAAUAGUUUGACAGUCCUGAAGAAUGAUGUCCUGAUUAUCCUCAGAAUCGGUGCACAUGGGCAUUUUCCUGCCCAUAUGAUUCAGCCUAGAGGUGGAGAGCCCCAGUCUCAGAUCAAUGGUAGUUCAGUAUAAAGCCUCCUCAAACUGCAGUCAUUCUACUGAGACAGCCAUCAGAGAAGCUACUUUUGCAGUUUCUGUACUCGUUAUGGACACCUGAGUCCCAUCAAUAGCACCCUCACAGUAGGAAACAGGAUGGGCAGUAGAGUUUUCCACAGUGCAACACAUUCAUAGGGCGGGAGGGAGGGGCGCUAGACACUCUGGGAUAGGAUUACUUUGACUCAGACCUGUGCACUGCAGUGUGGAUGCCCGAGCCUAGGUUUGAGCACAGGUCAGAAAAUCCUUAACCUAGGGUUAAAAUGCAGUGUAGAUGCUCAAACCCAGGGUUCUCUGACAUGGGUCAGAUGACUCAAGUCCCACUAACCCUAGGCUUACAUUGCUGUGUAGAUAUACAGUAACUUUUGAGCAUCCCUGAAGUAGGGGAAAGUGGCUUAUAAGCGGCAGGAUGUUUUAAGUAUACACAAGUAUUUUUUGCUACAGCUGAAGUCACUCCACUCUCCUUCAUAAAUAAGGCACCCAACUGGUUGUAUUUGCUGGGAAGGAAAUGGAAUAAAAUAGGAAGCCUGGAGCUCAAUCCUGCAUCCACUGAAAGGAAUGAUACCAUUGACUUCAGUGAGUGAAAAAUCAGACCCCUGCUGUAGGGAAAAGCAGAUGAAACUCCAGGCAUUCUGAGUCACUGCUAAGGUUAGGCUGAGCUGGAAUUUAUACCCAACUGGUUGAAAAGCAGACAGCUAUAGCUGAUAUAUGUAUUUAACAACAAAAAGUAUUUGUUAUGUAAGUGUAUGUAUUUUGAUUGUCUGCCUGUAUUCCAGUCUUCUUAUGUUGCCUGACAUCUAAGAUUGUAAACUCUUCAAAACAUAGCCUUGCACCUUGUAGGAAAGGCUGGAAUACAAAUAAACUAUUACUCAAUCACAUGCCCAACCAACACUUCUCUGCUGACCCCAUCACCUUCCACAGAAUUGAAGCUUUUUGAGAAGUUUCUGGCUGUGAACAAAAACUGGAACUAACAUAGGACUAUCUUCACAAGUCUGGUUAGCUACACAAGCCAUAGCUCUGAGAGGUGUGAGCGGCCUCCCUUCAUCACAACAGAGUGUUAAUUCUAAAAUCCCAUGACAAUUAAAAGGCCAUUUUUUAAAAAAAGCAGUCCAUAUAUGCAAAAAUACAUACAUUUCCAAGUGCAAGUAGCAUGAUUUUACAUAUACAUGAGUUAUCUGGGCAAGCAAAUGAGCAGACCAAAAUAGCUGUUUACCUAUAAAAACUAGCAUGCAAUCACAAUAGCUUCACAAGCAAAAGCAGGCACAAACUACAAGAUCAUUUUGGAUGCUUAAAUGGACUCUUCUUUAUUCAACUUUCCCCAAAAUGUCAACACUGUUAAUUGCUUAUCUAAUGGUAAUAUGCCAUUAACAGACAGCUGUUUUAUUGGAGAAGUUUGGGAAUAUAUAUAGGUAGAAACUGAAUAGAGCACCAUCCUUCCUUAUCUGGCCCCACGGUGAGCUACUUGUACUCUCAGAACACCUGUAAUGACAGAGAACAGCCCAUUCUGUGCCUCAAGCCUUCCAAACCUUCGGCAAGAACUAAAGAGAGAGAGAAGAGAGAGAGAGAAAGCUUUUAAAACUCUAAAAUGGACUGAAACAAUUUAUCCAUUUAAAAACUCAGUAUCUUAAUUUUGCUGACCUGAAGUUCACCAGUGGCACGGACCUCCAUCUGAUACUGGGAGACCAUACUCAGAUAAAUUAACCUGUCAGAUUAAGUAAAUCUCCAGGCAACCACUGUGAAUUUCUCUUAUAAGUAGUUGCAUGGAGACAGGAGUGCAGUUUUUAUUCUUCCUGCUUAUUAAUUUUAGUUGCAGUAAGAUACAAGUAAACAGAGCAGAAGUUUUAUUGAAACAAAUUGUUCAUUUUUUCAGCUUGUAUAUUAUUAAAGUUUAAAGACCUCCCUUUUGUAACUAACUGAUUACAUGCUUUCAGAGAGUUCAAGUAGUCUUAUCUUGAUAUGCGAGGAGUGACACUUGCCACCAGCAUCAAAGGAAUGCCAUUAUACAGCAAUGUGUGGGAAUUUCACCAGUUUCAGAGAGCCAGAGCAUAGGCAGUGUUCCCCCUUUUUCAGUCACCAGUCAAACCAAGCGAGUGGACAACUACUAAAAACAGACAAACAAGAUUUUUAUAAACAAAAUUCAAGAAGCAGAGCAAUGUGCAGCGAGCAUAUUCUCUAAAUCUACCCUCAUUCCAGUUGCUUUUGUUUGGGGGGUGUCCUAAGGCUAUCUCCAUUUCUUCCUACUUCAUACCUUGUCAAAUACAAAGGGAAGGGUAAACACCUUUAAAAUCCCUCCUGGCCAGAGGAAAAACCCUUUCACCUCUAAAGGGUUAAGAAGCUAGGAUAACCUCGCUGGCACCUGACCAAAAUGACCAAUGAGGAGACAAGAUACUUUCAAAGCUGGAGGGGGGGAGAAACAAAGGCUAUCUCGGUAUGCGUGUUGUUUUGCUGGGAACAGAAAAGGAAUGGACUCUUAGAACUUCGUAACAGGUUUCAGAGUAACAGCCGUGUUAGUCUGUAUUCGCAAAAAGAAAAGGAGUACUUGUGGCACCUUAGAGACUAACCAAUUUAUUUGAGCAUGAGCUUUCGUGAGCUACAGCUCACUUCAUCGGAUGCAUACCGUGGAAACUGCAGCAGACUUUGUAUACACACAGAGAAUA